AUGCUCACCAAAUCAAUCCUCCUCGCCACCCUGGCCGCUCUCGCGGCCGCCAACCCCAUCGCCCGCCGCUCGGGGCCCCAGACCUCUCGGUCGCGGGGCUGGAAGCUGAUCGCGAACGUGACCGAGUCGCCCCUCACGGGCCUUGGCGCCGAGAUCAACCACUUCCAGGUGACGGGGAUCCACAUCGGCCCGCCGUACAACCGGGCCGUGCUGUACGAGCAGUACGAAGGCGGCGGCUCGCGCAUCUUUUACACCAACGGCACGACCGAGAACGGAGGGACGUCGCAGGUCCUGACCGACAGCAACGGCUUCUCGCCUCACUUCCACCUGCAGCGGCCCGACGAGUUCGACCUGCCGGCCAACGAACAGAGCCACGCGGCGUUCCUGCAGCCCGGCCCGGACGCCGGCGACGACGUCAAGCUCGAGGACAAGAAGCUGGUCAGCCGCUUCGGGCCUGGAAGGUUCGUCGCCUGCAACCACUGGGUUCAGUACUACCAGAGCCUGUGGAACGUCGUCGAUUACGUCUACGAGGGUGAGGAGAAGCCCGAGGGCUGCGUCGAGAUCAACCUGCUGGCUCAGUGUGAUGAGCUGAAGCCGAUUGAGGAGAAUGGGUCGAACUGGUUCUCGCACGCGUACGUCGUGGAGGAGGAGUGCUACGUCGAUGUCGCUGGAGCUGAUUGGAGCUUGUAG